CUAUCUAUCCCUCCAGUAGGGGUAGCCCUGAGCACGCCCUCCUCACUGCCGCGCUCUGAUUGCGCCACAGAAGAAGAAAAGCACAGGCUAAUAAACACAGGUUACAAACUAUGCUGGUUUGUCGGUGGAUCGAUGCUAGAGGACAUUAAAGACACAAGAUUGCUGUUUCUAAUAUGCUGAUUCGAAUGUGCUAUUGAAGGACGUAUAUUGUCCUUCUACCCUGUUAAACUAUCAGUUCAUUCUUAUUAUUAGUAAUUAUAUCAGUGAAAGCAUGGUUGAUAACCGGUACGCCACAGCCCUGGUCAUCGGCUCCGUGUUGAGCCUUUUGGCCACGGUGUACCUCUCUGUGGCCGUGGGAACGCAACACUGGUAUCAGUACCGCAUCCGACCUGCCCCCUCGAACAAUGCAGCCAAUACCUCAGAACUGGUCAAGGACUUCAUCAAUGGGGACUUCAACGAGAAGAACUACAGUGAAACUAUGUUUCGACUGAAUGGAACUCUAGGUCUGUGGUGGAGGUGCAUCAUGGUGCCCAGUGAGACACACUGGUAUAAAGAACCAAAUCCUAAAAUGGCGAGUCAGUGUGUGAGUUUCACUCUUCCCCAGCAGUUUGCUUCAAAGUACAGAGAACCUGGGAACGAGACCAGUGGGGAGGAUCUGUUCAGGACCUACAUGUGGAGGGGCCAGUUCCUGCUGCCCCUGGUGUCUGUUGCACUGGUGUUCCUGAGCGGCCUGGUGGGUGUGUGUGCCUGCCUCUGCCGCAGCAUCACCCCAACUCUGGGUGUAGGAGUUCUCCAUCUUCUGGCAGGUCUGUGUUCGCUGGGCACGGUGUGCUGUUUCCUCGUGGGCGUGGACCUCCUGCCCCACAACGCGUCACCGUCUGAGGCUGCGGAGGGCGCGCUGGGCUGGUCUCUGUACCUGGCACUCAUCUCCGCCCCACUGCAGAUGAUGGCGGCCGCUCUCUUCUUGUGGGCCGCGCGCAGCCACCGCAAAAGCUACACCCGCAUGACGGCGUACCGCGUGGCCUAGGGACGAGCUCCGCCAGCUCUACCGCCGGUAGGCAGGGAAACCACACGUUAACCCAAGUCUGUGGGUUAACGUGGGUUUUCCCGAUAAUCUUCAGGGUAAAAAGAAAAUGGUAAUCACUUUGGAUGAAGGCGCAAAAAAAUGCUUUCAAUCCACUCCCGUGUAAUCAAUGAGCGUUGGUUGGAGAGCGCGACAUUGUGACCCCAGCCCUAAAAAAAAAAAAAGCAUGUGUGUGCUCUUCGCAGGCCCAUGUCAUUGAUUGACAUGGGACUAGAUUCAAAGCGUUUUUUUGUGGAGCAGAUUUAUUUUGUCUGCUAUUUCACACAUCUUUUUUUUUUUAACUGUUCAGCCUUCAACCAAACUCCUAAUUCAGCAUUCUGAUCGUUGCACCCUAGAAGUCUAUAGCCAAUGAUCUUACUUCUUGGUGGCCACAGAGAUAGUUAGAUAAUCAUCACACACGCGGAUGAGUUACUGAAACACAGAUGCUUCCAGUGUCAAAGCACAAGUGUUGCUUGUUUUUUGUUUCGCUAACAUCAUAACCCAUUCCUUUCCCGAAGCACAUACUAAAAAAUACUUCACUUUGAUCGUGCAAUUUUAUUUUUAUAGCUGUCUGCCAUUUGUAAAAAGGAGUUUUAUUUCUGUUGCCUUUGUUGGCGUUGCUGUUGCUAGCAUUCACCACAUUGACCUUUGUUUCGUAGAAGAACAUUUGUAUCAACUAUUUAACCUCUCUUAAGUGACAUGCUGCUGCUUAUUUGCAUGAUUUUAGUUUUGAUUAGUUGAUAAUCCCUGAUUUCAGCUGCUGUCACCAUGCAUGCCAUUACUUUGCCUUUAAUCUUGUAACCUCAUUUGUGUCCUUUUUGGAGUGUCUUCACUGAAAUAUUAUAAAUAUAUAAUUUCUUGCCCCCAUUGUCCAUAUUUACAGAUGUUUAUGUUGAUGUUAAAUGGAUACAUUUGUGAGCUAAAGUGACUUAUUAAAAUCUGGUACUUGUCUUAGAAACCAUAGGCUUCAAUGCAGCUUCAACCUCAGUCCUCUGUAUUUUGUACGUUUUUAACAGAUAAUAAUUGAGUGUUGAUAGCGCAUUAAAUAAAAGGAAAAAAUAUUAAUC